AUGGCGUCGCCAAUGCCAGGCCCUGCCAAACCACGGCCAUAUCGCCGCUUCCUCACCUCUGCUCUACACACUCGAUUCGUACACGCUGCGAGCCUUGCGCUGAUAUGGCACCAAGUCCUUGCUGGCCUUGCAAGUGAUUGGUAUACAGGUGUUCCAGCCUUUUUCUGGGCCUUUUUCCCCAUUGGCCCAUCUGGUAUCAAAGCACUACUUUUCACCAUAAGCAGCCUAUUUGUCUUCUUACUACAAAUCUCAAAUCUCAAAUUCGGACAUCGAUGUACCCCUUCAAACUGGAUCACCAUCAAGAUCCUCUUCUCGAGCUACUCGACCUACGCCGUGCUGUUCUGGUACACAAUCUCCGCAUUCUGGUUCUGUGAAGCCUUCGUGUUCACAUCUCCUCCAUCACAAGAGCUGGGCUGGAUCAUCAAUGGUGGUUAUGGCGCUCCAGACAAACUGAACGAACGACCCAUCUAUUUCCGCAUCUUCUUCAUUAUCAUCGCUGUCAUCCAGUCCUUCCUACACCUCUAUCAGGAUGCCUCUUCCGCACCCCGAUAUACGAAGGAAGAAUCUUCAGAUACAAAGGUCGCUUCUCUUGGAGCUUGGUUGAUGCCACAAGUCAGUGUCAUGUUCAGAACUGCUGUCCUUUCCUCAGGAAUUGCUUCGAUCCUUGGCCCAUUUUUCUACAAUGGUUUCUUGAGAAACUCCCUGUGGAAAUCGCAUAUCGUCGUUGCAAGAUUAAUAGCGAGCAUUGCCAGGUCCGAGGCCAACCCUCCCGAUUCCUUUUAUGUCGGCGGAAUCAUGUUGUACGUCUUCUUGUGGGGCUUUGCACUGUCAUUGACCUGGCAGAUCGACCUCGCUCUAUUCAAGCGCUUCAUGAUGCAACAACCAAUAAGGAACGGCGUUCCUCUCAGUACCUUGAGCAAAGAUCCGAAUGGCACUCUCUUGCAAGGACUCAAGACCACGAAUCAGACAGUCAAGACGUUCGCUUUCUGGGAACUUCACCUUAUCGCUACUAAGUAUCCUGAGCGUCGUAAAGCUAUCUUCGCUGAUAUCGAGCGACCUUCGCAACCACCCAUGUUCUUACAAAUGCUGACUGCUGGUCUUGACGUCGUGAAGGCAAUGGAAUCUCGCAUGAAGGAGCUGGUCUCUUCACCUCCACUACCCUCCACCAAUGCUCAAGGUGGUCCUCUUCCUGAUGAGAAUUUGCAGCACCUGCCACGUAUAUUGCCAAACCCUACUCCUGCCAAGGUGUCUAUCUAUCAACAGCCAGCUUCUGCCACUACGCUGCCUCAACGUGCAGGAAACUUCAUCUCAUACGAAGCCAAGCAGAUUGGCUCCUCUCCUGAUGCUUGGCAGCCUCCAGUGGAGAAAGGCAAGCAACUUGCUAUAGAAUACUCUUCUCCUGCCAGGGAGACCUUGCAUUCUCGUAUCGACCAGGCGCAGCAAUCUCCAAUCGGCCGCUACCUUCUUACCUCUCCCAGACGCUUGAUUCUGUCUGCUAUUCUGGGUACACCCACUGCCACUCCUACACUUACAUUGCAUGCUAUUAAUUCCAUCACCACCCUUCUUGUCGAAAGCCUACACGAGGACGAGUAUGGCAGGGCUAUUCACAGUGUGCCGUCGACUGUGCAGACAUUCAUGAACAGCAUCCUGGCAAUAGCAGGUUUUGUUCACAAGCACACAAAUGGUACCACCUUAGGCAUUGAAGGUGAUAACGAGUUGGGAGAAGUAGAUGCGAUAUUUAAAGCCCUAAAGUCAAACUUGGAAAAGCUGCUUGAUAGAUUUCAAGGCUUCGUCGCUGGUGAUGGCCUAAGUAUUCGUGACCUCAACGAGGCGCAAAAGGCAACCAAACUGCAAGACUUAUUCGACAAUUCCACAGCAAGUGAGGAAACAAAAGUCGGCCGUCAAAAUAGCAGCGGCAGUGCAUCGCAACCGACAAGACCACAAAUGGAGGAGGUCGGUAAUAACCGCAGACCUUCCAACAACAAUCAACCACGACGCAAAACACAAGCAGAAAUAGAAGCCGAAAGGGCAGACAAGAAUCGACCAGGCCGCUUGUUUCCUCAGCUUGACAAAGGUAGCAAAUACCGAGAAAGUCGCAAGCAGUAA